AUGCGGAUUUCUCGACUAGUCAAAAUGCAGUACUCAUAUCACCACAAUACGGAACGCUUGUCAUCACAGGCGGAGGCCACUGCCGCUGUCUGUAUGCGGAAUCUUUCCAAUUGGAUGCCCGCUGUUGACGAAAUCCGCACCUGGCCAGAAUACACCAUACAGCCCCUGCGCGCUCUCCCUAACCUUGCGCACAAACUGGGAGUCCGGGAAAUCUUUGUCAAAGACGAAAGCAAACGUUUUGGAACAGGGAUGGGUUCUUUUAAGGCGCUGGGUGCACCUUAUUCAGUGUAUAGGAUCCUGGCAGAGGAAGUACAUGCGAAAAAGGGUGUCUGGCCUUCGGCAGCCGAGCUUCGCACCGACAAAUACCGCGAUAUCACAAAUUCUGUCACCGUUUGCGUUGCAACGGACGGUAAUCAAGGUCGUGGGUUAGCAUAUGGUGCUAAGACUUUCGGCUGUCACUGCGUUGACUACAUUCACAACCAUGUCAGCGACGGUCGUGCCAAGCGUAUGAUGGACUUGGGUGCAAUUGUAAUUCGAAUCAACGGGGAAUACGAGACUUCAGUCGCUCGAGCUAAAGAGGAUGCUCGCAUGAAUGGCUGGUACUUUGUCAGCAGCACUUCGUGGUCGGACUUCGACAACGACGUACCUCAGCACGUCAUGAACGCCUACAUGGUUGUCCUCGAAGAGGCGAUUGCACUGAUCCCUCAACUUGAUCGCAUCUCUCAUGUUUUUGUGUGCGGUGGUGUUGGUAGUAUUGCGGCUGCUAUUUUUCAAGGCUUCUACACCCAUCUUCGUGGUGACAAGAACACACCUGCUCAACUGCCACGCUUUGUCGUUGUUGAGCCGUUGGAGGCAGAUUGUCUCCUGCAGAGUGCGAAGAAUGGCACGGCUUAUCAGUCCAAAGGCACGCUUUGUACGCUGAUGGCCGGUCUGGCUUGUCGUGCACCAUCUCCAGCCGCGUGGAAACUCCUCAACUGGUUGGCUAGUGACUUCCUCGCGGUUCCUGAUUCCAUUGCAGUGGAGGGUAUGAAGGCGUUGGCUAAUGGUGAUGAGGGUGAUAUUCCCGUCGUCUGUGGUGAGUCGUCAGCUGCCAGUAUGGGUGUGCUGCUGGAAUCAGUCUCAAAUUCGAGCCUUCGUGAAAGUCUGGGCCUAGACGAGAACAGUCAAGUCAUCAUCUUCGGCUUGGAGGGCGCAACCGACCCCGAUAUAUACGAGUCUCUCGUGGGCAAAUCACCCACUACCGUUUUUGAGGCCCAGGAUCGUUUCCAUGCUAAGGCUUGCACUGACUUAUCCUGA